AUGUUUGGUACCAGUAAUGCUUUUGGUCCAAGACCUAACAGUAUAUUUUCAUCAGGCACGGCCAAUACAAGUCAGAAUCCAUUGAACGAUGUCGAAGUGCCAUCACCUCCUGAUGAUACAGUUGAAGCACUGAAAUUUAAUCCACAGAUUGCUGGUCAGCCGGUUUUGCUUGUUUCGGGUAGUUGGGAUUCGGUGAUCCGUGUAUGGCAGAUUAGUGAAAGCGGUCAGUGUGAAGCGAAAGCGCAACAAAAUGUUACAGGACCAGUUUUAGAUCUUGAUUGGCUUGAUGAUGGCACCAAAAUCUUUAUUGCAAGUGCAGAUAAACAGGUGCGAGUUUGGGAUCUUGCUUCAAAUCAAAUGGCAGUCGUAGGAACACAUGAUGAACCUGUCAGGAAGUGUCACUGGAUCAAAGCUCCCAAUUAUAGCUGUUUAAUGACUGGAUCGUGGGAUAAAACUUUACGAUUUUGGGAUAUGAGGCAAUUGCCUACGCAAGUAUCUUUAGCAACAGUGCAACUUGGAGAACGUGUUUAUUGUAGCGAUGUGUUG